ACAAAGGUUAACACAUUAAUAUAUUAACAAAUAGACAAAUAUUUAGUAAUUAAAUUCAUUAUCUUGUUUAUGAUAUAUAUUGUAAAUGUAUUGUUAGAUUUAUAAUCAAAAAACAAAGUUAAAUUUUUUCAUUUAUAUAAAAAAAUAGUAUAUAAAGAUUUCAGAACAUUAUAGAUAGAUAAAAUCUUUUACUUUUUAAAGAUCUUCGCCUUUGAGCUUGUUGUGUCUGCUCUGCUUUAAUUUGAAAUUUUAAUGUUUAAAUGCCUGUAUCUGGAUGUAGAAACUGUAUGCUUGCAUUACUACGAAAGCAGUACCGCUGAUAAUUAUGCAUACACAGCACUAUUUGCCUACUUCGUGCCCACACAUCGCGUAAUCGGACGAAUUACAUGAACGGCUAUCUCGCGUAGAACGUUCUCCAAUUGCGUACGUUGUGGAUCGUGACUGCGAAGUGAUACAGCUAUUUGAGAUGCGCCGCGAAACUUUUGAAUUACGUGCAAACACUUUCGGUAGAGAAGAUAAGAUAAAACAAGCUGGGAAAAUUGCGUGUGUGUACAAUCCGAGACGUAUGACACCGUACGUACAAAUUACUAUGCUUCGAUCUUGAUGCGCAUUCAAUGACAAAUUAAUUGUCAAUGGUUGCGAGUAGAGUUUUCGCGAUUUUCUCAAGCGUUAUCACGUAUCAGCGAGUAAACGUUUUAUCUGAGUCUUUAACAAGUGUGCUUUGUGCCGAUAUUUGAUUAAUCGACUUGUAAAUGAAAUUCUAGUGAUUGAAAAAAAUCUCUGUUGACUGAAUGUAAAUUUUAUUGGCACGUGUUUGUCUCAUUUAAUUGUGUGACUCUAAUGAAUCAAUUUAACAAAUUGUUUCGAAGUAAUUCAAAAGCAGCUUUAUUAGCACAAUCUCCUAUAUGCACUUUAAUUAAUGUGAAAUAGCUUGCUCGAUCAAUGUUUGGGUUAUGCAAAAUCAGUGCGCAGAGGAUUGUUUCCUUUGGUCUCAAGAUAAGCAAAUUGAUAUGCUAUAAGCAUGAGCAUGCAUCUUUGCUUGGUAAGUACAGAUUCUAUUUAAUAGCAAUGAGUUUUUGUAAUUUUUUUAUUUUUUUUAAAUCUCAUUUUACUAAAUUUUAUGCAAGAGAAAAGAUUCUUUUCUCUCAAUUUUAUUGUGAUAGAAAGUAACCUAACAAUACUUGUCGUUACUGUCAUCAAUGCCCUUCAGAAUCUGGCCGGAUACUUUUCGAAGUUUCCGAUAAUGCGAAAAAGGAGGUAUUCGGCAAAGUGAGGAUUCGUGUUAAAGAUGGGAGGCAGGAUUAGCAUACAGUGCAUUAGGGAGUGCAUUAGAGGCAAAGUCGAGCAGGAGAAGACCAUAUCGGAAACUAGGAGUUCUCUAGUUACAAGCGGUAGGUUGUUUUUUUUUCUUUCUUCUUUCUUUUAUUAAUUAAUUAUUUUUUUUUUAUUAUGUCUUAUAUAUACAUUUUUUUUUAAAGAAAGAAUUUAUAUUAUUAUUUUCAAAGCUUAAAGCUUGGAAGUUAGAAUCUAAAGCAAAAUAUAUAGAUAAUAUAAAAUUGAAAAGAUGUAUUCAUGUAACAAUGCAAAGCAAUUUACAAUUUACAUUCUUUUAUUAGAAUUAAAGUCUCUCAAUUAAUUCUACGUUGCAUUUAUGCAAUAAAUUUAGAUUUUUUUUUGUUAUAGAAAAUAUUGUAAAAAUAGAUGAGAAAGAUUGUAUUUUUUGGGGGAUUAUUAUUUAAUAAUUUGAUAAUAUUCUACCAUUAUUUUAUUUCAUCGAUUAUACACAUUAAUUCAUCAGUGAUCAAAUUCAUGAUUAAUCAACGAAUGGCAUCAUAAUGACUGUGUAUAAACCAUAUACGUCAAUCUCUAGUUACAUUUUUUUUAUGCAAAGCUUAAAUGCCUUCUUUUUCUGGCUGCAUAAUGUAAUAAAAUUUGCAUAUAUUUAGCUCCUGGCCACACAUGAUAGACGACUGGAGAACGUCAAACAUCAAAGCAUAGCAAUCUUCUCUCGAAGGUCGAAUUCUGGGCAAUUACGUUUUUGCUCGGUGUUUGCUCGCUGAUCGCUUUAAAGAUGUAGAAAGCAACCCGUCAAGAAUUUAUUUUUUAAAUGACUAUUUCUAGCUUUCUACUCGCUGUGUUAAAUUAAUCUGUAUUCGCAUAUACAUAUGUCUUGGUGAUUUAAUCGAUAUAGCAAAAUUUGUGUUUCAAUCGAUAUGUUGUAUUAAAAAUUUUAAAGAUCUUUGCUUUAUCAAUUGAAAUGUAACCUUUGCUGUAUCAAUUGAAGGAUCAAGAUAUAUAUAAUAUACAGGAAAAAGAGAAAAUUUCAUAUUUUAUUUUAAUAUUAUAUUAUUUUCAUUUUUAUAUAAAAUUGUCAUAAAAAAAUAAUUAUUUAUUAAUUUAAAAAUAGAAUUUGCAAUAAAAAAUAUAUAACCAUUUCCUUCAUUAUAUAUAAAUAACAUUAUUAUUUAUUAAAAAUAAUUAGUAUGUUUGCAAUUAUUGUUUUAAUAUUUAAACUAUUGUUUUAAAUGUUAGGCAAAUUAUAUAAUCAAACAUUACGUCAGAAAUGUUAUUUUAUAAUCAAAAAAGCUGUCGCGUUUCAAUAUUUUUUUUUGACCAAACAAAAUGUUAUGUUAUUUAAAUUUUAUUUCCUCCCUUGGCUUUCUAAUAAUAUCAGUUGAUAUUAAUAAAGUUAAACGAUCACAAAGAUUAGAGCAUUACCGCACGUCCGUGUAUCUUUCAUGAAAGAGAGGGGAAAGGCGAGGUAGACUUCAGGUAACAGUCAUUCUCCUUGACCUAGUCUACAGCUGACCACACUAUACGUGUAUCGGUUGAGGUCAUCGUUCGAGACGUGAAUUAAUCAGAUGUAUGAAUCCAGAUAGCAACGCGACAUGUUUCUAAUUUUUCGAUUUAGGAGUCUGAACGGCGCAACGUCGAACCGGAGUCGUGUAAUAUUCCAUUCUCAAGGCUCUAGAAUAAAAUUAAUUGCUGUUUACGUGAAAUGAUUUUUGUAAUUCUAUCUCUAAUUUUUUAUUUCUAAUUCUAUAUUUAAUCCGUACUUAUAUCAAUAAUUCUUCUUCAGAUGUGCGAGAGCUACGUUAUAUCAUUACUAAACUUAUCAAUCACUUUUAUCGUUAGAUAUUUAAUGAGCAAUAUUUAUGUCUUAACAACCAUAAUUUUUUUCCAGAUAAUAAUUUUCGUGCAAAGAAACGAGUUUUAUUAGACAUUAAGUCGCUAUAUAACCAAUGUCGUUAGCUAUUGUGCAUGUUCUGCAAAGAUUACGUAAACAGGCGUUCUAUAUGUAUAUUCGUUCCUCUUUAUGUGAUCAUCGUUGUGACGCAGCUUACAGAUUUUACACGCAGAUUAGCCACAUACAAAUUCAGAUAUAGUCGAUUUCAAUGUUAAAUUUUUAUCAUAUUUAUUAUAUAAAUGCAGGUUAGGUACACUUGAUCGAUUAUCGAUUCUUUAGAUAGUUUAUCAAAUGUUUUAAGACAUUAGUCGCUCUAGUAGCUAGUGGCAAGUAUUUAUAUAUAGAUAUUAUUUACAGAUGCUACAGAGACUGACAGAGACGAAGAAAGUCCAUAUCUCGCGUUCGACAAGCGCCACUUUGUUGCCGAAGAGGACGAUGAGAACGUAGCAAAACGUUAGUUACAAUUAAUCAUUAUGUAAAUAUUAUUUAAUAUCAAAUGUACAUAGCCGAAAAGCAUGAUGCUCUCUCAUGACGAGAGUGGCACUUAUAUUUUACGUAAUCAAGAUCGUGACCGGUUUUAUAUUUUAUCAAUAUUAAUAUUUAUACGCGCGUAUCUCCCUUCUCAAUUAACUAAUUGAAUUAAUUUUAUUAAUAUAUUUGUUUAAUAUAUUAAAUGAUGUGAAACUACUUAAUUAAUAUCUACGAUACUUUUGUAUUCAUUUAAGCAAAUACAUACUUUCUUGAAUUUUUAUCUUAUCAGAUUUAAGAUUAUUGAAGUAUUUAAAUCAAAUGUCUAUAGUACAAUACACUAAUUCUCUUUCUAAUUAAAAUAAUUAUUCUUAAUAUUUAAUACUCCAUAUAUAAAUAUUAUAAUAUCUUUUUCUCUUUCAAGUUUAAUAAUCUAUCUAUAUUCUGUAUAUUAUUAUUAUGUUAAUAUUCUAUAUAUUUUUUUACAUUCAUUAUAUAUAUAUAUAUAUAUAUAUAUAUAUAUAUAUAUAUAUGUAUAUAUGUAUUAAUAUUCAUUUUUUUUGCAAAUAGCAUUUUGCUGCCAAUUUAUUUCAACAUACAAUUUUUUUUUUUUAACUUAAUGUUUGACGUAAUACUAUAGUUUUGUGUCCGUGUAUCGUAUUUAAAUGCAUCUACAAUAUCUCUAGUCUCCCCGACGACGCUAUCGCGUCGCUCCUCCGGGGCCAGUCACUCUCGAAUAGAAUUUUAACAUGGUCGAUUCGGUACUCUCGGUCAGUCGCUGUCUUUGGGCCGCAAAUGAUACAUCGUUCGAUAUUGUACGUGUAUAUAUAUAUAUAUAUAUAUAUAUCGAUCUCGCGAUUUCAACGGCCGCAAACAGUGUCGGAAGAAAUUGUAAUGUCAUUAACUGUGAAAUCUCAUGAAUUUUGACUUUUUAGAGUGUAUAUGUUGUGAGCCAAAUAUAUUGUUAAAUGUGAUGGCAAAAGAAAAAUCAAAUACUUGAAGAAUAAAAAUAUUUUGCAAAAAAAUUAAUAUAUUAAUUUCCGUGAUUAAUAAUAUAAAAUCUAUGAUAAAAAUGUUUUUUAAUAUAUCUAUUGAGAUUUGAAAUAAUUAAAAUUUAUAAACAUAAAAAUAAAAUAAAACUUACUUGAUUAAUGUGGAGAGAUUUUAGUGAUUUUUUAAAGGAAUAAUUUUAUAUAAUAAAAGUUCCUUUUUUUUAAUGUGUAAACAGUGAUAUAUAACAAUAACAUAACGCUAUCAAGUGUGACAAGAAUAAAUACAAAGAAAUACAAUUUCAUACAAUAUAAAAUCAUGUAACUCUAUGUAAUUCAAUGAUUGCAAGACCGAAAACGUAAUUCAUGGCAUCGCCGCCGAACAAAUAUUUUUUUCCAAGCGAGAAUGAAAACAGUUUGGAAGAUGAAUUAUUUCCAACUCAUUUCUUCGAUAAGACAGAUGUGCUUGAUAUUGUGGAUAAAAAGUACGAAAAAACACUUUUCGAAGACAUCCCGCAUGAUGAGAAUGGCGAAUACUUGACCAUUAAGGGGCCUCAAGAUUUCUGUGAUUAUUUAUUGACAGCCUGCAUACCCAGUAUCGUAAACGUACUAUUAGUAUUUAGAAAAGAUGAUCAACAAAUGGAUAUACUCGCUAGUGCUGCAAGAAGAUUGGGUUGGAGCGUGUCGAUGGCAAAAUAUUUGGAAAAAGCGGUAGAACUUUUUCAAAAUCACGCUCACGAAUUAGUGAUUAUCGAUCGUAGAGGACAUCAUGCGGAUGAAGGCGAUGCUAUUUGUAGAGCAAUCAUAUCAAGUCCGGCUUAUCACAAUUCUACCAUAAUAGCGCUUGUGAAGAAAUCAUACUUUAUGCUCGAUGAAAAAGACAGUAUUGUGGCACUAAACUUGUUAGAAACAGGCUUUACUAGAGCACUGAUGGAAUCUUCAUAUGAAAAUAUAAUAAUAAACGAAUUAGUAGGGAUAUAUACUAGCUCAUUAUUGCCGAGAACACAACUCUCAGCAGCGCAUACAUUAUAUGUGGCACUUGAUGAGUGUCGCGAUAUGGUGCAUGUGACUGAUGAUAAAAAUAUUAUACAGUUUCAAAAUAAAAUCAGCGAAAAAAUAUUAGGAUAUAAAACAGAGGAAAUGAUGGGGAGAAAUCUCUCGGAGAUAAUCUAUUAUGAAAAUUUUCCUCUUAUAAAGCAGGAAUUGAGUAGAGGUCGAGAAUUCGAAGGAAAUAUGAAUUGUAGGAGAAAAAACAAUGAAAUGAUUACGAUUAAUUGCAGAAUAAUUCCGUUUUGUAUUACAUUAAAAAAACCGACUCAUUACAUAUACGUAUAUGACACUACGUAUCUAUCAGACAACUCAGCGCCGAUAAGCCCUGUUGGUGAUCCAUCGCAUCCUCCGUUCAAACCAAGCGUUUUAAAUACGCGAAAACCCUCGGACGUCAGAUCUAGUAUAAGAGAAGGCCGCAGGCGAUCUAGUUUGCAAAAAUUGCAUACUUUGCAAUUAGAAGCUCCUAUCACUAAAGUCAUUUCGCUACUUUCAAAUGCAGCUGCUGAUACUAAUUUGGAAACAGCGGCGCAGAUCGAUAAAGCGAUCAAUAUCUUAAAGACGACGGAACUUUACGAGCCUCAUCUUAAAGAGGGUAGAACGACGUACAGUGAUCCAAUUGCGACGGAUCUUGUUGGCGCGUUACUUGCAUCUCCGCGCACAGCAUGGGAGUCCAGAAGAUCAUCGACAGAUUCCGCGAGAUUAAAUUCCAAAGCUAUCCCGCCGAGUCUGUUCAAUUCGCACGUGCAGGUGAAGACUUUACGGGGGCCGCAAGAAAUUGCAGAAAUACUUGAUAAGAGUCUUGACUGGAAUUUUGAGAUAUUUAAACUUGAAAUACUGACGGAGAAGAGGCCGCUUGUUUUUUUGGGAUUGACAAUCAUGAAUUUGUAUCAAGUGCCCGCGAAAUUAAAUUGCGACGAGAAAACUCUGCAAAAUUGGCUAGCCAUUAUCGAGCACAAUUAUAACGCGGAUAAUAGCUAUCAUAAUUCAACGCAUGCGGCCGACGUUUUGCAAGCAACUGCGAGAUUUAUGCAAUCGGAGAGACUCAAGGAAAUUUUGGAGCCUUUAGACGAAGUUGCUGCUUUAGUUGCCGCGGCUGCGCACGAUAUUGAUCAUCCAGGACGAUCCAGUCAAUUCCUUUGCAACGCCAAUAAUCGCUUGGCAAUACUUUACAAUGAUCUAUCGGUUCUCGAAUCACAUCAUGCAGCCUUAACAUUUAGACUGUCAUUAUCUGACGAUAAUGUAAAUAUUUUUAAGAAUCUGGAGUCAGACGCAUACAAACUAUUGCGACAAAAUGUCAUUGACAUGAUUCUGGCGACUGAAAUGACGAAGCAUUUUGAGCAUCUGGCAAAGUUCAUGAAUGUCUGCAGUGCGAGAAUCGGCGAUGGAGAGGAGUCUUAUCGAUCAGAUUGUCUAGAUAUGUCCGUAGUAUUGCAACCAGAUAAUGUAAUAUUAGUUAAAAGAAUGAUGAUCAAAUGCGCGGACGUAUCCAAUCCAACGCGACCGUUAAAGUGUUGCGUCGAGUGGGCGAAACGAAUCGCCGAGGAAUAUUUUAAUCAGACCGAUGAAGAGAAAAAAUUAAAGCUGCCAGUCGUAAUGCCGAUGUUUGAUAAAUUGACGUGCUCAAUACCAAAAUCGCAAAUUGGUUUCGUCGAUUAUAUCAUCAACGAUAUGAUCGAAGCUUGGGAUGGUUUGUUUCUCUUUAUAUUAUUUUUGCAGAUUUCAUUAAAAAAGAUAUUCCAAUUUUUAUUUUCCUGUUUACUUUACAGUAUUUAUCGACAUGCCGGAGAUGGUAGGCUAUAUGCGGCGCAACUACGAGAAAUGGAAAGAAUAUAAUGUAAGAUAUCAGCUUUCAAUUUAAUCUCUAAUUUAAAUACUUUGAAAUAAUUUACUUAAUUUUAUUUUAUAAUAAUACUGUUUUUAAAAAAGUUUUUAAUAUUACAUUUUAUUUUGAAGAGUUAGAGAAAGAUAAAUAUGUAAUUGUAUUUUAAUAUUUAAAUAUGUCAUAUUUUAAAAUUUUCUCUUAGUUUAAUUUUAUAUUUACUCACUAACAUAUCUUGUUUUAAAUUGUAUGUUUUAUAGGAACAGGGUAUAUCUACUUUGCAGGAUGUUGAGAAGCUACAACAACAUCCCGACAUGCAAAUACCGUGAUCAUCUUAAUGAAAAGCACGUCAUUUUGUAUUGCUUUUCGUUAUAUUAACGACUAUGAUUAUUGCAAAAAACACACAUGUAUAGCAUUUACAUAUUUAAAGAUAGAAUAGUGAUAUAUUUAUAUGCUUUCAAAUAAUUUCUACGAAAACGUGUGUAAUUCACCGUUUCUCUUAGACAUGUCUCUCAUACCUAACAUAUUUUCCUUAUUUAUAUAUAACUCCAUUUUCCUCUCAAUAACACUUGCCCUAUUACUAUUUUAAACAAACGUGACGCACAUUAGCAAGAUAUGUAUAGUAUAAGAAAAGAAAUACCUUUUUACAUGUAGCUUCCGCGACUGUGUUACUUCGAAUGAGAUCUUUGCUGCGUUCGGUGUACGCUGGUCAUUAAAUUGUACAUCUGGGAGCAGCUAGUAAAUAAAUAAGAAUUUUCAAGGACAUUGUGCAUUUGAAUCAUUUGUAACCUUCUCAUCGAGAAUUUAAUACUUCUUCUAAUUUUGUCUGCGUUAAGCUUCGACGAUAUAGUGGCUACUUUGGAAGGAUUGGUAUAAUUUAAAUUGAAAAAAAGAUUCACACACUAAUGUAUAUCGGAUUCCACUUUAUUGUUUCUCUCUUAGCCAAAAAAUGGUAUCGGACCUAUUUCUACACGCUGCAUAAAUAUAAAAUUAAAUAAAAUCAGAUAUAAAAUAAGUAUAAGCCGUAUCAAGAUGGAAUUUAGUCAACAGACCAUAUAUGAUUUCGAUUAUUUCGAGUAAAUUACAAAUUUUUCAUUUUACGUUAAUACAAAAAAUAUACGCAUUCGCUCUUUCCACCUAAGAUUUCUCUGACAUAACAUUUUUGCAUCUAAAAAUAAUAAUUUUGUUUAAUGCUGUUACAAACCGAGGAGAAUCGAUAUAAUAACAUCAAUAGUCCAUCGAGUUACAAGCAUCGGCCUAACGGAUGAUUACUGCCGCAUUCAUUAUAAAGAUUCUUAUGUAUGCUGAUAUAUUAUAUAUACACAUACGCUUUGUGUUUACAUCAUAAUAUAUUCCCUACGGGACGCGCAUGAAUAAUCAUGGUCGUUUUAUCCAGUAAGUGUCAAUAUUUAGUUUUUUUUUAUCCCUAGACAAAGAGACAAUCAGAGUAUCGAGUCAUUUUUAGAGUUUUUUUUUUUUUUUAUCUGAAGUCUGACACGUAAACAUGGAACAUUUCACAAUAUCUCGGAAUAAGGAUAGAGAUAAGAGAAUCUCUUAAGAUAUAAGAUUUCUGUUUGAAAUUUAUCGAUUAAUUAUUAUUGUUCGUUGGAUGUGGUAUCGAGUGACAAAUAGUAUCGCGCGGUAAGUAGUACCGAGCGGUGUAAGUAGAUAAAGUAAUAACUUAAUUACGAGCUUAUCAUUACUACUAUAAUGCCACAUAAUAUGAUUCGUCCGAAGAGCUAAGUAUUACGCUUAAAAUUAAUUACUCGCGUUUCCUCCCGGUACACUUGCCACAAGUGCUUCGUCAAAUCUAUAAUUUAUAUGAAUUUGCGUUUUGCUUUUAGAUAUUUCUCGAAUAAAUAAUUUUUCUGAAAAUCAAUUUAUCAUCGAUAUUAUUUGUUUUGGUGUUUAAAAUCCUUUCGCUUUUGAUCAGUGAGAUAUCUCGAUAAUGAUUAUCCAGCUAAGAUAUAUUUUUGAUUGCGUGACUUAAAAAUGCAAAUGCAUAUUUUUAGAUGUGGAUCAGGAGCUAUUUUCGUACUCAAGAUUGUUUCAUUAGCACUUGCCGCUGGUAGAUGGAAUUCGCGGAGUAACGAAGUAGUCUAGUAUGCAACAUCUUUAUACCUAAGUAUAUUACUCUUAGCAUUAAUAGUGCAUACACGUAAGUUUUACACUUUAAUUUUUUUUUUUUUGGCGACGUGCACGUCAUUUUUCAUAAUUAUUUUAUGGUUGACUUUUCCCAUAUAGGGGAAAGUUUAUCAAUCAAGCUUACAUAAUCCGCGCGUAGCAAUCCACUUAAAAUCGCCGUCUAUAUUGAUUGUGGUUCAUUAUUCAUUAUUAUAUCGCGAAGCGAUGCACGUAAAACUCAUCUAUUUCUCGUGCGGACGAAAUGUGCUCGCGAAAUUAUCGAUUAAAAUAAAUUAAAUCUGAAGAAUCCAAAGGUACUCAACGAGGUCUAUACGAGAAUCUACAUCGUUAAUUGUCGCGCAAAGCUAACAUCAGUGUUAAUCGUACAACUUUCCUCAUACAUAUACAUAUAUAUGUAUAUUUAUAUAUUAAACGAGAAAGAAGCAAAUCGAAGGAUAUGUAUCUUAAGAAAAAAAAUAUGCGUAUAAUCUAAUAUACUAAAAUAACACACUUUGGGACGUAGCCCACAUUUAAUGAAUGUGCUUUUAGCACUCUCCGUGUUUUCUAAACUUCUGAUGACUCUUGUCGAUGUAAAUAUUUAUUACUCAUGAGGUCAAAGUGUUUCUCAUCUAUUCUCCGAUCUGCGUUUUAUUCGU